AUGCCGUGCAAUCGGCAAAUAUUAAUAAAACACCAGCCAAAUCUGAUUUUUGUAGUUAGUUACUUUUUGCUCAAGGUUCUAGCCCUUGGAAAGUACACGUUCAGUCACCAGUGGCAGGUGGAUUGGGUGGCAUCCUUGGGCCUUGAAGAGCUCUACCUCGAUGACUGUCAUAUUCUUUAUCAAGCUCAAUGCCCCAUUCCUAUAGAUGAAAGUACCGAAGUAAUUGGGAAGGAUGACAAGGGCGAUGAUAUCGUCAUAUCCAAUGAGGGAUAUAUCAGAAGGGACGUUGAGAGUGCACAGGACCCCACCUUCAAAAAACUUCAAUUUCCCCUUCGGUGGCACACCAUCUUUUCCCACUGGCGUACAUCCAUGCUUUCUUUGAAAGUAUUUAAGAUGGGCCGUGGCGUUUGGAAAGGAGCGCCGAAGGAGACUUUCAAUGCAGCGGCCGAGGGAAUCACAUUGAAACCGGAUGGCGACUACAAAGCCGGCUUUGAUGCCGCCGUAUUAAGUCACGCCUUGGAGCACAACGUGUUCCGAUACUUCGACUGUCCAGCCCCAGGUUCCAGUGGGGAGAAAUACCGACAUGGCACCGGCAUUUCCGAAGUGAAUCGCCUAGAAUACUUUUACUGCUAUAAAAUGGCCGGCGAGUGGGUAGGAUGGGAGGAUUGGAUUGAUUGGAGAAUUCUGUUUGCGGAGGUUAGAGAGUGGUCGUUGGAUGGUGAUCAUGGGGCCAGGGAUGAGGCCGCGCUCAGUCUUUUGAUGUCCACGAUGGAAGGGAGGCGAAGCUCUCACGUCGUGACAUGAGCAUCGCAAACGGUGCUAG